AAGAACAAUUUGAAAACCCACCCCAUAAUAUUUAAAAUCUGGGACAAAGAACCGUCAGGACGGAACUGCUUCAAUUGCAAAACCUCAGCGCAGCCUCCGGAGCGGCCGGCCGGCCCAAGUCAGGAGCAGCCCCUUUAAAAAAACGGAGUACAGUAUUGGGAUUCUUGAAACUUGAAACCUAGAAACAGAAUCGAAGCGGAAACCAGAAGGAAAACCUUGAACUCCUCCAGACAAUUGCUUCCGGGGAGUUUCAGGAGAGCGAGGGGGAAUAAAGGGCCCGAGAGGAGGGCCCCUCGGAUGGCUCGCCCCUGAGGGUCCUGGCGAGUUCAAGGAGCGUGGGAAGGAGAGGACCCUACCCUCUCCCUGGGCUGCAGGUCAUGGCCACCGUGGAGCAGAAAGCCCUUGGCAUUGGCUUCAAGUGUCUCUCUUUGGCCACUUUUGUGCUCAUCUGCGCCGGGCAAGGGGGACGCAGGGAGGAAGGGGGUCCAGCCUGCUACGGGGGAUUUGACCUGUACUUCAUUUUGGACAAAUCAGGAAGUGUGCUACACCACUGGAAUGAAAUCUAUUACUUUGUGGAACAGCUGGCUCACAAAUUCAUCAGCCCACAACUCCGAAUGUCCUUUAUUGUCUUCUCUACUCGAGGAACAACUCUAAUGAAGCUAACAGAAGACAGGGAACAGAUCCGUCAAGGCUUAGAAGAACUACAGAAGGUUCUGCCAGGUGGAGACACUUACAUGCAUGAAGGAUUUCAAAGGGCCAGUGAGCAGAUUUACUAUGAAAACAGUCAAGGAUACAGGACGGCCAGUGUCAUCAUUGCUCUGACUGAUGGAGAACUCCAUGAAGAUCUCUUUUUCUAUUCAGAGAGGGAGGCUAACAGAUCCCGAGAUCUUGGUGCAAUUGUUUACUGCGUCGGUGUGAAGGAUUUCAAUGAAACACAGCUGGCCCGGAUUGCAGACAGUAAGGAUCAUGUGUUUCCUGUAAAUGAUGGCUUUCAGGCUUUGCAAGGCAUCAUCCACUCAAUUUUGAAGAAGUCCUGCAUUGAAAUUCUAGCAGCUGAACCAUCCACCAUAUGUGCAGGAGAAUCGUUUCAAGUCGUCGUGAGAGGAAACGGCUUCCGACACGCCCGCAACGUGGACAGAGUCCUCUGCAGCUUCAAGAUCAACGAGUCAGUCACUCUCAAUGAGAAGCCCUUUGCUGUGGAAGAUACUUAUUUGCUGUGUCCAGCGCCUAUCUUAAAAGAAGUUGGCAUGAAAGCCGCACUUCAGGUCAGCAUGAACGAUGGCCUGUCUUUCAUCUCCAGUUCUGUCAUCAUCACCACCACACACUGUUCCGAUGGCUCCAUCCUGGCGAUCGCCCUGCUGAUCCUGUUCCUGCUCCUGGCCCUGGCUCUCCUCUGGUGGUUCUGGCCCCUCUGCUGCACCGUGAUUAUCAAGGAGGUCCCUCCACCCCCUGCUGAGGAAAGUGAGGAAGAAGAUGAUGAUGGUCUGCCUAAGAAAAAGUGGCCUACGGUAGAUGCCUCUUAUUAUGGUGGGCGAGGCGUUGGAGGCAUUAAAAGGAUGGAGGUUCGUUGGGGAGAAAAGGGCUCCACAGAAGAAGGUGCUAAGUUGGAAAAGGCAAAGAAUGCAAGAGUCAAGAUGCCAGAACAGGAGUAUGAAUUCCCUGAACCUCGAAAUCUCAACAACAACAUGCGUCGGCCCUCUUCUCCCCGGAAGUGGUACUCUCCGAUCAAGGGAAAACUUGAUGCCUUGUGGGUCCUACUAAGGAAAGGAUAUGAUCGAGUGUCUGUGAUGCGUCCACAGCCAGGAGACACGGGGCGCUGUGUCAACUUCACCAGAGUCAAGAACAAUCCGCCUGCCAAGUACCCCCUCAACAACGCCUACCACACCAGCUCGCCACCUCCUGCCCCAAUCUACACUCCCCCACCCCCUGCUCCCCACUGCCCUCCCCCACCCCCCAGUGCUCCCACCCCUCCAAUUCCAUCCCCACCUUCCACCCUUCCCCCUCCUCCUCAGGCUCCACCUCCCAACAGGGCGCCACCCCCCUCCCGACCUCCUCCUCGGCCUUCUGUCUAGAACCCAAAGUUCAUGCUCUGGGCUCUCAGAAACUUUGGGGAGGAGGCUCCUCUGUGGUGUUAGAACAAGUCUUUCCAGUUAGAGAAGGCUUCCACUCUGGAAAUGAGUGGUGGUAAAGCCCACUGACGUUCACAAACUUUAAAAAUUGGUUUGUAAUGCCAAUGCACCAACAAUUGUGAUCAGCGGAAAGAAAUAGAAAUUUUGAAAUGCCUGAAAACAAAUAAUGAGGCAACUACAGUCACAAUUAUAGUCAGCCAGCCAUCACCUCUAGAAGCUUCUAGAGACAGUGAAACUGCUGAGAUGCUCUAAAUGGAACUGUGUCUCAUGUAGACCAAUAAGAAAAUCAUUUCUCUGAGGGUGAAAAGCGGAGUCGGAUGGAUAAGAAAUAACAUUGCUGGGUUUCUAAAUGCUGCCUUCCCUCCUCCACUCCACCCCCAUCACUUGACCCUGCACCUUCAGCCUAGAAAUCAAGGAAUCCUCACCCCUAUGUGCCACCCAGGAAGGUGGAAAUCCUUUGCCUACAACUUUGGGAAAAGCUUGAGGUUCCCGUUGUGGCAAUAAACGCAGCAUCAGACAGGUAUCCAAAAGCAUGUUCUCCUGAGAUUUGCAGAGGAGUAAAAACAUGUGCUUUAUUUUCUUCCCAAUUCUCCCAGUUUCCAAGUGAGGAAGAGAGCAGAUGUUUACUGAUGGAAAAAGGUAUGUUGCCAUGUUGCUGUGUAAGUGAAAUCAGGUGUGUGCAUUGACGGGGCAUACUGAUGGGAGCAUCAGACAGUUUCUAAAACCCAAAGGCCAUCAGCAGCUAGAGGUGGCUGGCUUUGGCCUGACAUGGUCCCCUAAAUCAACGGACAAUGGCAUUGUUGAAGAGCAACCUGUUAAUGAUUUGUGUUCAAAAUCAAGAUUUGGCUCCGGUUUAAAUCACUUGAGAUAUGAAGAAGUGAUUGAUCCCAUCUUCCAGAGACGUGAGUUGAUCUUCCCAAAAUGGCAUCAAUAGCACCUACCAUACAAUUUCACUGAUUUUGUUUUUAUUUUUUGGUAAAGUCGUGCACCAGAGACUUCUAGGGAGAGCUGAGAGACAAUGGUCCUGACGUAAUAAGGAAACUAUCCCCAGGUUCUUUGAUUAACCCUCAAAAAAGGCAUGUGUGUGUGGAUACAAAUAUAUUUCUCCCUGGCUUUUCAACAUACAAAUAUCAUCAGCUCUCAACCGAGGGGAAAUACACCAGAAAUGCUCUGCCUAAAAUUCCCAACAUGCCUGGGACCCACUCCAUUCCUCCAAGUCUUUCUGAAUCUGUUGUCAUCAGUAAGCCCCAUAAUCACUUUCUAAACAUUGUGCUUCAUCACCCAGAGGGUAAAACAGAGGCCAUCGUUGAGGGCCUCCUGCACCAGCCUGUUCAAAAUUAUCUCCCCCUCCAGCUUUCCACAGGUCUUAAAAUUCAUCUCCCAAACCCCUUAAAUCCUUUCUGGAACAAAGCAGAAUAGAAAAUAAAUAUAAACUUAGUGCUUUGGACUGUGGUCUCCAAAGAUCCUUCAAGAAUCCAUCAAGCCAGCCUCAUUCUUUCACCUUACUUAGAACACAGACAUAAUGACCUGGCAUGCAUUCUAUAAACACCAAUUCUUUUAGCCAUGGCAGACAUUGCUAAUUAAUCACAGUACUAUUUCCCGUGAAGCCCAAUGAUUUCUUCACAGUUCUCAAACUACAAUUCCAAAGAGCUACCACUCAUCAGUCAGAAUUGAAAGAGGGAUGAACCCUUUAUGCUAUCCCUAUUUGAGAAAGCAAAAACAAACUAGGAUUGCAUGGGGGCAUGGGGAAAUCCUUGGGCAUAAAAGGUACAGUCAGGGGAAAAUAGAUCUAGGCAGAGUGCCUUAGUGGGGGGACCACAGGCACUAACUCUGCAAUGCCAAUGGCAAACUGACACUUCUCCAAGCGUACCUUAGACCCAGCUCUUCUGCCAGCCUGCCACUUCCAGAGAAUCUCCCAGCCUUCUCAUUGAGCUAAAAUCAGAGAUGGUUUCCAGGACUUAUGAAGGCAACUCCCUCCCCCACCCCUGAACCUGGCCCAUAUUGUCUAUUUCUAGAACACUAGGCUUCUUCUUUAGAGUAGUUCCCUCAUGAAGCAGGGGCCAGAAUGUCUCAGCCACCUGCAGUGACAUUUCUGGACUCCAGAAAACCAUUCUAUAGGAGAAUGGGCUCCCCAGGCUCACAGCAUAGAGACGUUGAGCCCCUGGCAACUGUUUUGACUGCUGGCAGUACAAAACAGUCCACCCCACACCACUGCCGCAUGACUCACUGUGGCCAUGAGAAAGUUCAAGCCAAGAUGCUGAGUGACAUUGUUGUGCAACAAGAUGGCGGGCAUCAGAUGAGAAUGCAACAUUCAGGAUCUCAACAGCACAUCAAUCAGAAGCCCCGUGCAGUUUCCAAGAUGAUGUUUUGGUGAACUUUUUGAUGAAAUAGGGAACUGCAAAUAUAUGAUGAUUUUGAAAAGGAUUAGCAGGGUUUGUCCUUAAAACUGACUCAUCAUGUCAUCCCUAGUCAUUUAGAAUUACAGUUGAGAAGGAAAAACUUGUAUACUGUAUGAACAAGGCAGUAUUUUAGUAGUAGGCUGUAACAGGCAGGAAAAUUCUUUGACUGGUUAAUAAAAUCUAUCAGUACUUGUAUCAUUCCCUGUGAAAGGCAGCAGACAUAUGAUUGUGAUCAGGAAACUGCACAAAAUUAUUUUUUCAACCCCCAUGUUAUUAUCCUCAUGAGGUUUUUUUUUAAUAAAAGCCAAACUUUUCGUUGUAUAUAUUCGUAUUCCAUGUGUUAGAUGGAAGCAUUUCCUAUCCAGUGUGAAUAAAAAGAACAGUUGUAGUAAAUUAUUAUAAAGCCAAUGAUAUUUCAUGGCAGGUUAUUCUACCAAGCUGUGCUUGUUGGUUUUUUCCCAUGACUGUAUUGCUUUUAUAAAUGUACAAAUAGUUACUGAAAUGACGAGACCCUUGUUUGCACAGCAUUAAUAAGAACCUUGAGUGGUCCCCUCUGUUGACAACCAGCUCACAAAGUUUCUGGCCUGGAGCUUGGCACAUACUGCAGUGAGACAAAAGGUCUCUCUUUUACCAAGGUCAAGGACAGAGCUGGCGGACAAAUUAAUUAAUAGUCUUGGAUAUCUGGUCACGUGUAACCUCACCGUAAAUAUCACUAGGAUGGGCAGAGAUGAUCUCGAAUUCUCACAUACACUAAAGUCCAAACACUGUGUCAGAUGAGGGAAAUCCAUUAAAGAACUAGGAAAAAAGAUAAUAAUUAUGAGAUAAUGAGCAAUAGUUUCAGCCCAGUGCCAACUCAAUAAAACCAAUUAAUGCUGUGUAAAAUGGGUUGAAUUCGUUUGCAAACCAUAUAAAGAUACAUGCAGUAAGAAGCCUGUUAAUGCACACCAGAUGGGAGUGGGGUGUUCUAGUCAAUUGCCUUUUCUAGUUAUCUGAGCUCUACUAUAUUAUCAUACUUGGAUAACCAGUUUAAAAGAAUUAGAAUAUGAUUUUUUAAAUACACUUAACAUUAAAUUUUUCUUCUAAUUCUUUCUUCUUUCUGUGAUAAUUCAGAAGACAACUAUGGAUCUUCAGUGCCUCUGAGUCAUUGUUAUAAAAACAUCAGUUAUCGCUGUCCCAUGCUAUAAGAGACUGGGCUAAAUGUAUACAAUGGCAAACCCUGGAAGUUGCUUUUUUUAAAAAAAUAAUAAAUUCCUAAAAUCAA